ACAUGGACCACUACGGGAGUGAAAGUAUUCGCAAGAGAAGGAGCUUCUUACUACCAUUCCUUCAAUUUCUCGCUAUUCGGCGAAAAAGUGCAAUGUCAAGAAGUGUACGACUCUAGCAAUGCGUUCUCACUCAGCGAACAGGGUCGUGAUGUCGUUACUGGUGCUGCAUGUCGGCUGACCGUUCUUCCGGACAUUGGCACAAACAGGACCAAACUGGCAUUCGUCUCUCCACUACUCCUGGCUACUCGAUUGGAAGAGAUUGGUGUGAACAGAUAUAGGGACGGCUGGAACCUGACAGACCAUCUUCUUGAAUACGAGGGAAUGGAAGAAAAAUCUCGUCCUAUCGACAUCCAUAUGUGGUUCGAUUCGGUAGGAGCGGCGUCAGAGGCAUGUCCCAGAGGCAACGCCCUGGUAGUUACGGCCAGAUGCGCUCCGAGCAAAAAGGAACCCGAGAUACGGUUGCCACAUACUUGUCCUGAUGGAACCUGCGAUGGUUGUCUCUUCCACGCUAUUGUUGAAUCGGUUCAGGCAUGUCCUAUUUGUGGACCUGGCGACUACGAAAUGAUUCGAGGUGAAUGCACCGAUGGCCAACAGACCAUUCAUCACAUACCCGACAAGUGA